CCGGCUCCUCCCUCGUCCGGCCCACAGGGCGGGGUCUGUCGGCUCGCCCUCCCCUCGCCGCCUAAGCCUUCCCUCUGCCAACUGGGUCUCCUCCCCGCGGCAACACGGCUUCUCUUCCUCAGCUCGGCGACAGGGGCUUCCCCUCAGCCGCCGCCGCCGCCGCCCCCGUCGCAGCCGCCGCCGGCCGAGCCACGCCGUGCCCGCGGCCCGCGGCCGCCAUGCAGUUUAUGUUGCUUUUUAGUCGUCAGGGAAAGCUUCGACUGCAGAAAUGGUAUGUCCCACUGUCAGACAAAGAAAAGAAAAAGAUCACAAGAGAACUUGUUCAAACCGUUUUAGCACGGAAACCGAAAAUGUGCAGCUUUCUUGAGUGGCGAGAUCUGAAGAUUGUUUACAAAAGAUAUGCUAGUCUGUAUUUUUGCUGUGCUAUCGAGGAUCAGGACAAUGAGCUAAUUACCCUGGAAAUAAUUCAUCGUUAUGUGGAAUUACUUGACAAGUAUUUUGGCAGUGUGUGUGAACUUGAUAUCAUCUUUAAUUUUGAGAAGGCUUAUUUUAUUUUGGAUGAGUUUCUUUUGGGAGGGGAAGUUCAGGAAACAUCCAAGAAAAAUGUCCUUAAAGCAAUUGAGCAGGCUGAUCUACUGCAGGAGCCACGUCAUGAAUAUUUUAAUGUCCCUGUGUACUAAAUGACUACUCAUCGUGUAUGCAGAAUUGCACAGAGGAAAUAGAGAGCUGAUAUACUUAUGAAAGAAAAUGCCCUCAGCUUGGUGACUGAUUAUCUUGUAUAAUCAUUUCAGAAUCAAUACCUUCACCAUUGUAAUUUUUUUUUCCUGUCAUUUCUCUGUUUGAUUUUCAUUCUAUAUAUGAUCUUGAUAUAGUUUAUUCCUGCUCUCAACUGGUUUAAUUUCUUCUUGAAAUAUGGCCUAUGAAUGUUUUGAGUAGUAUUUCACCUUAAACACGUACAUGAUUCAUCUUGUAAGAGGAAACGUUAGCAAUCGUUAAAGUUUUUACCAAAGAGCAUAUAGCAGAAGUGCUACAGCAGAAUAAACAGUGUCGUAACAUACAGUGUGACUUGGUCUUCAGAUGUUGGGGGAGAAAAGAAAUUCUAUUUAGUGUGACUGUAUUACAGCUCUCUGUGAGCUAAUGUAUUCUAACGUAUCACAUAAAAGUAUAUUUGGAAAUAAUUCAAGAAAGUAAAAUCUGUACUAUUACACAAUAUUUAAGGGUGAAACAUUCACAGUUCCUAAGUUUGUAAUGCCAUGUAUAUUGGAUCACAUUUGUGCCACACAAUAUUGAACAGUUCCUUUAAGAAUGAUCAGAAAACUGUGUUAGAAGUCUCUUCUACAGUAUCUGUUGUUUAAUAGGAAAUAACCUUUUCAAAAUGUUAAUACUGAGUUUGUUUAUAUAGUUAAAAUCCUAAUACAGUUUAAAUACUAGUAUUUUACUAGUGAUGGUUUUAUAAUAGAUUAAGUCUUCAUUUAAAUACUUAAUGAUUUGUUAACUAUAGUUUUAUAUUCUAAAUAUUAAGACUUAAUAUUGAUUACGGUGUAUAGUUUUAAAACGUGCAACUUAUUAUAAAAGGAAAAGUAUCCAAUAAUUCAUUGCUUAUAUGUAGAGAGUUUAAAGCCUGAUUAAGUAAGCUAUCAUUAAACCAAUUCAAAAGAUGCUCAAACAGGUUUACCACUGAAAGACGACCUAUGAGAGUGUCUAUUAGGCAGGUAUGCAGACCAGUUCUUUCCAUUCUCGCUGUACUGCAUGACAUUUGAAGCACCUGGAUGGGCUAUCAAAUGGGAAACUUAGCAUUAUACCUUGAAAGCACUGGGAGACACUGGUCUUUCAUUUCCAUUUUUGUCCUCUGCCCCUCCCCCAACCCUGCAAUAUGUUAUUCAUCUGGUUUUAAUGCUGAAUAUGCAUUGUCUCAUGCCUGUUUGCUUUGGAUGCUGUGUGCUGAGCUGUAACAAGAUGUUGCUUCUUUUGUUAUUUGUAUACAGCUGCUUGCUUUAAAUUAGUAGAUUCUGAAAUCGCUUUUCUUGCACGUCUAAAAUAAAAGUAUUGCAUGUA